UCCAAAGAAAAAUACACUAAAAAGAAAGAAAAAGGGAGAGAGUGAGAGAGGGAAGAAACCCAUCGAUCAGAGGUUCUUGAGAGGUCUGGUUUUAGGGUUUUGAGAAAUUCGGGUGCCCGAGUUGGUACAUACGAGUCGACCCGGCCAUGUACAGUGGUUCCAGCGAUGGCGAAGGCCAUGAGGCGGUGCAUAGGAAGAUCCCCCCAGCUUCUUCCAUGCCUUGGGUCAGGAACCUCCGAAGAUUUAUCGGAAAUGGACAGGGUCUCGGAUCUGAGGCUCUAAUGGAGCUUGAAACAAAGAAAAUCUUGCUUGAUAUUUUCAAAGAGAAGCAACAAAAAAGUGCUGAAGCUGGCACAAUUCCGAGUUUCUAUAAGAAGAAACCUGAAGAAGGAUCCAUCAGUAACAGGGUCCAAAGGCUGGCAAAAUAUCGGUUUUUAAAGAAGCAAUCAGAUCUUUUGCUAAAUGCUGAUGAUCUGGAUGCAAUGUGGACUUGCUUAAGAGAAAAUUGUGUGGUUGAUGAUGCAACUGGGGCUGAAAAGAUGAAUUAUGAAGAUUUUUGCCAUAUUGCCUCUGUAUGUACUGAACAAAUAGGCCCCAAAUGUCGGCGUUUUUUCAGCCCUUCAAAUUUUAUGAAGUUUGAGAAAGAUGAACAAGGAAGAAUUGCAAUUCUGCCCUUUUACCUUUAUGUGAUGCGAACGGUUUCACUUACACAGGCCAGAAUUGAUAUGAGUGAGCUCGACGCAGAUUCUGAUGGAUUUCUUCUGCCGCUUGAGAUGGAGGGCUAUAUACAGGGUCUUAUACCUAAUCUAGCACAACUACGAGAUAUGCCUUCUGGCUUUUAUCAGAUUUAUUGUCACAUAGCAGCACACAAGUUCUUUUUCUUUUGUGACCCUCAUAGACGAGGAAAAGCCUGUAUAAAGAAGGUGUUGUUAAGUAACUGUCUCCAGGAACUAAUGGAGCUGCACCAGGAGAGUGAAGAAGAAGUCACUGAUACUGAACAAGCUGAAAACUGGUUCUCUUUGACAUCUGCUCAGCGAAUCUUUGACAUGUUUAUUGCCCUUGAUAAAGAUGGGAGCCAAACAUUGAGCAAGCAGGAGCUUCGAGAAUAUGCAGACGGAACACUGACGGAAAUUUUCAUUGAGAGAGUGUUUGAUGAACAUGUUCGUCGUGGCAAAAGUGGUGGGGGAAAUACAAGGGAGAUGGACUUCGAAAGCUUUCUGGACUUUGUCCUCGCAUUGGAGAAUAAGGACACACCAGAAGGGUUAACGUAUUUGUUCAGAUGUCUUGAUCUGCAGGGAAGAGGUUACCUGACAACGGUUGAUAUUCACACUCUAUUCAGAGACGUGCAUCAGAAAUGGAUUGAGGGUGGUAACUACGAGUUAUGCAUUGAGGAUGUAAGAGAUGAAAUAUGGGAUAUGGUGAAGUCAGCUGAUCCACUGAAGAUAACAUUGGCAGAUUUAUUAUCUUGCAAACAGGGUGGGACAGUGGCCAGCAUGCUUAUAGAUGUGCGUGGUUUUUGGGCACAUGACAACAGAGAAACUCUUCUUCAAGAGGAGGAAGAGCCAGAAGAGGAGUGAUGAUGAUCAGCACAUCACUAUCAUGUUUAAUCUCCAUACUGAAGCUAACAUCACUGAUCGUGGGACUGCAAUUCAAGUGAAGAAUCUCAUUGUUAACUGCCAUUUUCAUUGAAUUUGUGUGUGUUGUUGAUGUGGCUUGUAAUAUAGGACAACGUUUUUGGACAAUAAUUUUUUACUUAAUAUAUAAUUAAUUAGUUACGUUCAGCAAGUGAAUGUACUUCUGACUGAAUUCGAAGAUUUCAAAGAAAUUUUACGAAGAA